UAUGUCGGGAAAUCGCGAGAUAAAAAUCAUGUACGAAAAUGCGCUGAAUAUUUUGUCUUUUUUUUAUACAAUUUCUAGGCUCAUAAUUUAUGUCAUGCUUUGGAAAUUUCCACAAUAUAGCAUGACUAUUUCCUUUAAACACUGGCACAAUUGGUGGUUUAUAAUCCAUUUAUUUAUUUCAAAUUAUUCCCCUUGAAUGAAACAGUUUCGUUUGAGCAGUUCACAGGUAGCGCAACCUGUCUCGUAGUGUUCAUUUUCAAUGGCUAUUAAACGCUGUAAAUCAAAGUGACAUCGUGUACUGUUGGAUGUCUUCAAUUGAAGAAGGUUCGGAAAUGAUAUUUCCACAUGCUUUAAAUAGUUUGGGAAGUUAUUUUUCAAGACCCCAAGGAAGUGUGAGAUGUAUGGAAUCAGCUGUGAAGGAUCUGGAAAGCAGGUGUUUUACCUCGCAGACGAAGGCCAGUCACAUGGUAAAGGUGCACCACUACCUUAACACAAACAGUCUUGGCAAACAGCAUGCUCACGUUCAGUGUGACAACUGUUGCGGCCAAAAUAAAAACAACAUAGUCAUCUGGUACCUUCUGUGGAGAGUUCUUGUAGGUUUACACAAAAUCACUCUCAGGAAGGUCUCGAAACUGAAUGUUAAUGUGAGCUGUGACAACCUGCCAUAAGAAAUUUUUGCGAAAGGGCUUGAUCUGGACCAUCUGACAGUGGUAUUAUUUAUUUGAAAACAUUCGUGAAUUCUGUCGCACAGAUGAACCAAAAACUUGACAUGUCCGAAACGCCCUACUGGUUAGCGACAAAAUGCAGACUGUGCCCCCCCCCCCCCCAAAAAAAAGAAGAUGCAUUAAGAUGCGCAUCUGAUCUUCUCUGAUCAUGCCACAACAAUUACAUCAUGUAUCAGUGUUUAUUUUGGCCAGGGUAUUGGGUGAUAUAUUUUCCCCCAAACAGUGCAAAAACUCCUCUAUUCCUAGGAAAGCUAAAACAUGUAUACGAGUGCUAAAUGUGUCAGUUGAUACAGGUUUUGAAAUGUUCAAUACAAAUGUUUGUUGUUCUAAUUGUAUAAGCUUGUUUUCAAGUUUUUUAUAUCUCAAAUUUACAAAACAAAAAUCAUUUUUUCCAUGUUACCAUGCAAUUGUUUUCGCCUUAUGGACACAGACUGCCUUUCCGAAAAACUGGAAAAAAAUCAGUGUGAAUAUUGUAUUUAUUUAUGUCUAACAAUGAAAAUCCCAUAUUUUUGUUUGUUUGCUACAUUGUUUCCAUAGUAACAAAAACAAACAAUUUUUAUGUUUAAGUUAUUGUUUAUUUUGUCUAUUUUUCUAUAUCAGAAAUAAUGAUAAAUAAUGAUUAUUUUAUUUACGGAAACAUUUAGUAUCCAAGUGUACUUUUAACCAACACUUUUCAAUGCUGUUUUUUCCGUUCUGUUGUGUUUGAGGUUACAUUAUACUUAAAUACACAUGUAACUGAAUAAAAAAGGAAAUUGUUCAUGGAACACAAAAAUUAUUGAUUGUUAUUGUUUAACUAGUUACAAAACAGUGAAAUUAAUGUAGUGCAUGCCUUUAAAAAAAAAACUUGAUUGAAAAUACAAUUCAUAUAUUUAUAAAAGGUGUGAUUGUGUGCUCUAGUGAUUAUUAACAUGUAGAUCGGUUACCAUAGCAACACAAAUGGUACAUUUUAAAUGUCCAUAAUGCUGUUGUCAGUUUAUUGCACUAUAAUUAUGUAUUUGACUAAAGGAAAGGUUAUUGUUUUAAAAAACAAUGAGCUUGUUUUUUGUAUGUUUUCGUUGUUUAUUUGUAUUAAUUGAUAACUUUUAGAGACGGUAAAAUGUAGGGUUGGUCACUUUGGAAGGUCAUAAAAUUAGAUUUGAAUAUGAUAAAUAAAAAAACUAUAUCAUUUUUGUGAACUACAAUGUUUAGAAAAUUCAAAAUUGCCAAAAAAUCAAAAUGUGAUUUUUUUUAACACAAGACUGAUUUUCCCAGCAUUGGUCACAUAUAUGAAUUAUUUACACUUUACUAGCCUAUAUCUAAGUUAACUAAGGACCGACAUGAAUAUGUAAUUGUGUGUAUGUACAUAUCUAAGAAUACGUAUUAAAUGUUGGUUUCAAACAGAAAUAAACAUAUAUCCAUGUGA